UGUGGGGUGCUGAUAGCCAGCAGUUCUCUGUUGGCUCCUGCAGGCAGGUCCAUGCAGGCUGUUUGUAAAAGGGCUGGUGCUGGUCAGGAGUACCACAGGUGUUGGGCUGCAUGCGGCUGUGCAAUAAGGCUUUGUGGUUAACGCUCUGCAGCUGUUACCUCUUGGGGGGAAACAACUACGACUUGAUCCUGUGAAUGAGGUCUGUGCUGUGAGUAGAGAAAGAAAGGAGUGCCUCUCACUUGCGGAGGGUGCUGGAUGAGAAGCAUAUGUGUGCUGCUCCCAACGUGCUGUGUUUCCUGAGUGCUGCUAGGGAAUGUUCACUAUCAGCAAAGAGGCACUGCAAACAGGGAGCCCGUGUUCCUGAAGCAGUGUAUGUGCACACUCAUUCCUGCAUGCUUUGGAACGAAGCGGGGUUCCUGCAGCCCUGUUCUGGUGCUUCCUAUCCAGGUGGGAAGUUGCUGUCCCCUGUUGUGCAUAAGGAGUGUUCUUUCUUGGGAGGCUGGGAAGAGGUUUAAGUUGUGGGAAAAGUUGGGUGCUGUCAGCAUGCUGUGAGCACGCUCUGCACAAGAGCAGACAAUGAGAAUGUCUCACAGGAGUGUGCAUUCAGUUCUGAGUGCAGACUGGGAACAGUGGGUGAGAGGAAGACCUUGACUCCAGCUGUUUCACAAGAAGGUCAGUAAGAAAAUCAAGACAUGAGCUAUGUAAGCUUGCAGUGCAAGUGCCAACAAAAGCUGCUGCUCAGCUGAAGUGCUUCCAGACCAUGGCUGACUGCAAAUGCAGAGCACAGUGCAUGGUGUAACUGUUGUCCCCAUCACUGUGUUCUCAAAGGUCAGUUAGGUGUGAGUUCUGAAGGUUCUCUGUGGCAGCCACAAGCAGCUUUCUGCUUUGUCUUUGCUUGCUCCAGGUGCUGCUGUGCACUGCCCUAGGCUGGGUCCAGCAGGGGCUCCACAGUCGGGCUGGCCAGCAGCCUGCUGACAGCUCCAUCUCCAGCAGGCUGCACGCUGCAGCUGCUGACUCUGCAGCAGUAUUGCAUCACAGGUUGCUGCUUCAAUUGCUCUGUGCUGGAAGUGAGAUUUCAAGCGUGGUCAGGAAUGUGGUUUCACUGUAAUUAAUGUGAUUUCCUCUAGACUGGGAGAAAAUGGAUUGCCCUCUGAGACCCUGGUAAGAUUGAAGUUUACCUCUAAUUUAUUAUCAGUAUUCAUUUAGAUUAUUGCGUUACCCAUCAAUAGAACAGUAAUGAACUAAAUCAUGUUACUUAGUGUAACACCAAUCUGCAUGCACUCUCUAUACAUGCAACAAAUGAUGUGUACUGUCUGCAUAGUACUCAACUCAUCUGCUGGACACUGGUGUUCCUUAACGGACAGUACUUCAUCCUUAUGGACACUGCAGAACCACUGUUGCUGUAAGAGAGUGAGCUGGAGUCUUUUUUGUCUUGUAUUAUUGUCGAAGAGUCAACGCAGAGCUAUUUGCAGAGCCUUUGCUUCUGGAUCAUGCAUGGAGAACUCAUGGCCUUCCUCCCUUCUGUCCCUGCAGGUCCUAUCUGGAUUUUGCACACUGUUAGAUUUGGUGACAGUGGUCCUGGUGGGUGUAAUAACAUGAGGAAUGAGUGUGUGCUCUGUAGGGUUGGAAAACAGAGAGUGGGUUUCAUUGUUGUGUAGUGGGGUGGACAUCAUCGUGCUUGGUGAACUUCCAGCUUCAAGUGGAGCACAAUAAACCUUAGUUGAUCACCAUGUGGAAUAACUUGUCCUGUGACUUUGGCUCCAGAGGCUCCCAGUGGUGAGCUUAAAGUCUUUUUUUUUUGCCCAACAAAGUCUUCAGUGGGGGCUAAGGCCAAGUGGGGCAGUGGGAGGUUUCCUUCAGUCCACCUAUUGCCUGCAGUUGGGUUUUGGCAAGGCAAGUGCUGUGUGUUAGGGUUUAAUUCCAUGUUUUGUUAUAUGGUCACUAUUGAUUACGUAUAGGUGAUCCUGUCCGAGUCAUUGACGUUGUGUAAGUGAUGAAAGGCAGGCUCUUGUGAACCCAAAGCAAGAAAGGAGUUUGAAUGGUACUUAACUAAGAAGGAUAACAUGCAUCUGCUUAGUUUUUUAUUCAAAACUGUAUCUUAAGCAUGAAUUAAAACUACACUUUAAAACGUUCAGAUACUUGGAUUGCUAAACCUAAGACCUGUCAGUCAGCAAAUGUCUGGCUGAGGGUUGCAGAAGCUUAGUUCUGCCUGUGUGAUCCAUCCUGUGCACUGAAUGAGCCAAUGAUUUGCAGGAAAAUUAGUAUGCAAACGUAACUGUUAACCUCCAUUUGCAUUAAUCAUCUUUUUAAGUCAUAUGCUGUUCUAAAUAUGAUGCUUCCUAAUUUUCCAGAGUUGAACUCCAAACCAAAAUAACUGCCUUGCAAAUUAGUUUCUGACAUGGAACCUCUUCGUAUUGUUUGUGUUUCUGAAAGGAUAUUGUACAGAUGUUAAGGUGAGCCACAGAAGGUCAACCACAAGUGGGAUUCCAGUCCUCAGCAUUGACUGUAAUUCAUGCAGUUGCCUCCUUGGGUAAGGUGUUAUUUUGUGGGUGAAGCUGGAGCUCUGUCCAGGAAAAUGAGAGCUGAUGUCUGACCUGUUUCCCUGUCCCUCUGCUGCUUUGUAUGUCUGCCUCAGCCGCCCUGCAGUGUUUCAUGGCCCCUUUUGCUCCUGCUCUGCCCGAAGCGUGGGUAUGCAUGGCUUCUGUGUCCAGGGGCUGCCAAAUAAUUAAGAAAAGCAAGCAGCCAUAGGAAAACAGUUCAGUUUUGCUUGAAUGGAUUGCCGUGAGACAGCGUCUGUGCUGUUGAGGGAACUUUAAAGGCUGCCUGCAAACCAGGGAAGUGUCAGAGCUUGUCAAAAAGCUGUGGCUCUCGUUCUUACAGUGACUUAACAGUGUUAUGUGGCUGUUAGUAAAGUGUACCUACCAGCUUUUGCCACUGAGAUGAUGAGAGUUUAUCUAGCAUAAUAGCAAAACUCAGAUUUUAUUAAAGUGAGUGCGACUUGUGCUGCUGACUUGUUUUAGUACUUCUGUACCCCUAUCAAAUUUCUCAUAGAAAAUGCAUCACCGUGGAGGUGAUGAUCUGAAUUUCAAGCAGGCUGUCUGAUUGUGAACUGCAGGGCUCCUAUGUGUGUGUUAAUGAGUGUUACCAGACAGCCCGGAUGUAAGCGUGAGGUGUGUAAUGUCUCAGCAGUGCACAGCCCGUAGCUGCUGGUGUGUAAGAGCUGCCUGGGUUUUACAGCCCGUGUCUAAUAAAUUGUCACUUUUUAUCAGGAAUGAUAAAAUUAGCUUUGAAACCAGCGUUUGAAGAGGAAAGUGAGAUAUGGGGCACAGUUUGUUUGCUAACUCAUGCAAAGGUCUUAAAGGCAACUUGGAAGAUUUUUCUUGCAUGUGUUUACUACUUUUUUCUGUUACCAGCCACCGCUUCUAGCAAUAUGAAUGCUCUUUUUGUUUGUUUUCUUUGAUUUUAAGAAGUCAAUCCUGAGCAGGGAGCAGUAACAUAAUUCAAUAUACAUUGGAGCUUUGGAGGCUGUUAUUUCUGAGGCUAGUUCAAAGGGCAGGAACUCCUCAGAGACACAAUGUGGCUGGCUGGUUUCCUUCGACUGAAAGAGCAGUGCAGCACUUAAGUAGCAUCCCAAGUUUGUGUAAAAGCUUUUGACACGUUAUCUCUGGGCAAAAAGAAAUGUGGAGGAGGUUGUGGAGUGGGCACAGCUGAACCUCUUGGCAGUGCAUUGGGAAAAGCCUCUGCUUCUCUGGGGUUGACCCUGCAUAUAGUGCUGGCUUUGUUCCCUUCCCUAUCGCUUAGGGCCGUGUGAGACAGGUUCUUUUCCCCAUGCUUGUGUGAGGGCUCUUGGUAGGAACACAGCACUGCUGCAUGCAGUGCAGGCACAUUACCUGCCUAGCAAGGGCUGUGCUGGAGCCGAUGCUGUCCCCAGCUGCCCCACUCAUUGCCCCCACUUCCUGCAGUUCUGAUCCCAAGGUACAAAUAGUAGAAGAACGUGCUUUUGGGAGGAAAGAGUGUGUGCAUGAAUUAAUGAGUAUGCUACAGAGGUAUUUGUUUCCAAAUCUCCUUUAUUUUUUAUUUUUUUCUUCUUUUUCCUUGACUUGUAUUUGCUUCCUUCUUGACCUUUUGGCAAGGGGGAGCAUAUGGUGAUGUGCUGUCCAUCUGGUUGCUGCUUACUGUGAACUCAUGAUACAGGCAAACUUGGCUCCAUCUUCAUUUCAUAGGGAGGCAGAGCUGCUAAUAGAGUGACAGCUGAGGUGUUUAUUCUGAACUGCAAGAAGGAACUGAGUGAGAAGUGAAUACAAAGGGCAUUCUAUGAACACAUUCAGUCUUCUGUCUUAAAUACUCGUGCUACGCUUGGAUUUAAAGCAAAGGAGAGUGGAACUUUGUUGUGCCCUGGGCUGUUAAGUACGGAUAAGACAAAUUCUUCCCCAGGGGAUUUACAAGCGAAAUGAAUUUUCAUGAGGGCAGUGUGAAUGAUGAUAGAUAUGUCUGGAAAAAAAAACACAGAAGCCCCACUUUGUUGUGUAGGUAAUACUAUAUAUGUGCCACUAAGAAUUCUGCUGCACAACGGUAGCACAAGCUUGUAGCCGUCUUUCAAAACACAAUUCUUCAGUAGCUACUUUUCUUUUUAAAUGAUCAGGUGCAACACUGGUAAGAAUCUGUGUUGAUGUGGGAGCUUGGGUACAUUCAGCCUGUCUUGUUUGUGGCCUGCAUUAAGGUUUGAUGCUGGUAAGGAGAAGCUGUCUCACCUUUGUCAGUGUGUGCCUAUGUAUCUUUCUCUAACCACCCGAUGCUAGCGCCAUAAUAACCAAACUUUCUUCUUAUCAUCUAAAGGAACACUGCUGAGAAAUCAGCUAGGCUGUAUUCAUACUGUAAACAAUUACUGAAUGCCAUUUAUUUUAUCAACACAGUAGUUAACUUUUGUGUUGUCUUGUCUUUGCUCCAUAGUGGUUUUUUUUUUCACGCCACCACAUGGAAAAUCCUGUUUGUUUGCUAACUGGAAGAGGUGAUUAUAAAAGCAGAAAGUAGGUGGGAGGGUCAGAUGCUGUAAUUUACCUGAAACAACCUUGCUCGCUGUUUAGAUCAGGGAUCCUCACUUCUGGUAGUUCCAUGCAUAUUUAUUAUGUAGGACGGCACUGCAGUGACCCUGCUGUGAUGUGAAACUGCUUGCAGGCUGCGAAGAAUAGUUUGGGUUUUGAUGGGGGAUUGUUGCUAGAGUUCAAGUUCACAGCAUUUUUGCAUUCUUUAAGGUUUUUAUUCUGUCUUGAACAGAAGUUCAGACAAGCUUUUAAUACAGCGUUGGUGAUUUUGGCUUUUGUUUUUUUUUUCCCUGAAAGCAUCAGCUUUUAAAAGCUGGAGAUGGUUUUUGAAAAAGCUUCUGCCCCAUACUGUGAGAUGCUGAAGAUCUCUGCUCUGUGUCGUUCUUUCACUUGAAAAGUGAGAAGAAAUAAAGAAAAGGACAUAACUCAGUGAUUUGCUUCUGAUGGCCAAAACAGAACUUCAGAGGCCAGGUAGUUUGUUACAGUGGUUGGGCUGUUUAAAUGCUCCAGGCUGUGAAGUGAAGUCUUCUCCAGUGUAUUACUUCAAUAUUCAGGUUAAGUCCACGAUGGAUGUGAUGUGACAUGUUCAUGUUUGUGAACGUUUCCAACAAACCUGGCUCCCUGCUGCUGGUUUCGAAGGUGAAUUUAUUCCAAAGUGCUGCUUUUAGUUUCGUGCCCAGGUUCAGGUACUGCCAGAAAGCAGAGGAAUUUUGAUGUCUGAGUGAAGGCAUUGGAAAUUCUGGGGAGGCCUGGAGUGCUGGGCUAAGGGCUGCCCCUAAGCCAGGAGGGAUGGGAACUCAAGGACUCUUACAGCCCCUUGAAUAUUGAGCUCUGUACUCUCAAGUUUUAAUUCUUGUGCAUGUGUGAUUUCCACUGUAACUUCUUGUGGUUAAAUAUUCUUCAGUAACUCGUACUCUUCUGAAGUCUGGGAGCUGUGGAAAGAAUUUCCCUCCUCUGUCCUCUGGAGGCUGUGUGCUGAACAGGAUCACUGUGUCUGCUGUAAGCUUACGUGUGUGCGUUGUUUUGAAGGAACUUCAAGCUGUCUAAAAUGAUUGCAUUCAAGCUGCUCGUAACCUGCCAAUCUGUAAAUCUGAAAGAGCUAGAUGCAAUGAAGGGGCAAACGAAGCUAAGGGGUUAUUCAUCUGCUUUGCAGGCUUGGGAGUGGGGAACUGAGGAGGUGAGCAGCAUCAGCUGGUGCCUGGUUGAUAUUUCCUGGAUCAUUUUUACUCAUGAUCCACAUGAGAAAUGAUCCACAUCAUCAUCUGAAAGAUUGCUGUUUGAUAGAUGGCCUUUAUGAAGAGUGAAGGUGUGAAGUGAGCUUUGUUCUAAAUUGCACCUUGCAAUGGGAUUAAGGUGUAUGGGACAAAUGGACUGCAAAGUGUAGGCUUGUAGCUCUCAUUUUGGGAGUGGGAGGACUUUGUGCUCUAGUGCCUCUACGUUUUGCAGGCUUUAAAAGCCACCUUGCAGUGUGUUUGCUUGUUAUGUGUUAGCUGUGUGCCACAGGAGCUGUCCCUCCAGGUAAUGUCUGGUGUGACGAAAUCCUUAUCUUGAUUAUGACGCUGCUGUAAUGCAAUACAGAUUGCUUUAUCAUAGAACGAAGGUAGGAAAAGGGAAAACCAGAGUUCAAAAUGUUGAAUUACAUAAUGGAGAACUUGGUUCUGGAGGAAAACAGGUAGUGAGGUGGUAUUUUCCUUCCCAAGGACACCGGCUUUGUUUAAAUAGUUUGACAGAGUGCUUAGCAAGCUGACAUAGGCUGCUUCACUGGGUCCGUAAAGUGUGCUGCUGGAGCUGCGUUUGGAGGAGAAUAAUGUAAUGCAUCAGAAACCUUUAAUUAUAUGCUUUAGUCAGCUCUGUCUAGGUCAGAAGAUGUUAUAUUAUCAAUAAUGUAUUAUAGACAUUUCAUAGUAACUUGGAUAUGCGUGGAAUAAUUGGUCUUUGUUAAGCAGACACUGGCAAUGUUUGCAUUCAGAGCCUAGGUUUGACAUAAACAAAAAACAUAUUUGAUAUCACCUGAUAUCUAGUUGAUGGAACAACUGAAUAGAUCAGAGUUGAGCAAAAGCUUAUACAAUGCAAAAUAUGGACUGUUUUACUACGUCUUCUCUCUGAAUGGUACUAGCAGUUCUGAAAGCAUUUCUUGGUUUAUGGAAUUUAAUUUUGUAUGUGUUUGCUUGCAGCAGUGCUCAGGACCUACAGCCUUUUUAAACAUAGUGUAUUAAACUAACAACCACCACCCACCCUGAAGAUUAAAACUGCUUACAAGCUUACCAGGCUGCCUGAGGGGAGAAAGGGAGGAAAACAGUGAAGGAGAGCAAGCUUCUGAUUAAAAGGCAUGCGAAUGGGUUUGGGGGGACAAAUUGUCUUUCUGUUACAUGUUACCUCAUUAUAUAUAUACUUCUACCUUACAAAUAAGUUUUUCUUAAUUCUUUGGUGAUUUUAAAGCUGACUAGGAAACUUACUGCAAUGGCGAUAGCUGAUAGAAUUUGCACUUGUGUCAUGUUGUGAUCCAAAGCAAGAUUGUAAGUUCAUCUGUGGGUUCCUGACUGGGUGUGCCUAUCUGUUCAAAAACAUCCCCAUUUGCUUCAGUGGCCUUUCUUAGAAGGGCUGGGAAACAAGUGGUGGUGGACAGAUCUCUUUUCUGAAUUUUAUCCUGCUGAAAAGUCGAGGAUCUCUACCCCACCUCCCCAAGCUGGAGCUUAAAGAAAAAGCAACAGUGACACAAUUAUUACCGAAAACGAUGACAGAAGUGAUGAAGCCUGCUCAAAGUGGUGUGUUUUUUAUGGUAUGAGGUCCAGUGUAUUCAGUUAAUCAGCUGCAUGUUCUCUAUCUUGCUGUUCAGCCAGCAAAAGAUCAGUCUGCCUUGCAGUAGAGAAGUUGUAUUUUCAGUAUGAACGAUUUCUCUUUUUGAGCUGUGCUCAGCACUUCUUGCCUUCCCUAAGGAGGUGGCAGUGAUUGUAGCAUUUAUCAUACAUAAAGGAAUCUGUCUUUCUGUGUGUAGCUGCCAGAACUUAUGUGAGAAAUGGGGACAAAGAAGGCAGCGUCCACACUCGAUAACCCUUCAGCCAGCAGCCCUGAUGGUAAACCAAGGAAAUCUUCCUGAAUUCGCACCUGCACUCCAUCCUCAACAACAGCAAUAGCAGAGUUGAACAGAUCUGACAGCAUGUCUCCAAAGGAAUCCACUUGCAAAAUCUUGCCUGAAAUACAGGUUUAGUGGUCUGCAUGUGAAGCUCUUGACCUGUACUGUGAAAACCUGAACCUCUUUGUUGAAACAGCUUCAUGUUCUCUCCAAAUACUAAGGUGUAUUAUCUGAAAAAUCUGAGAAUGGAAUGACUACAUUUUACAUUAAUACAAGUUUCCAGUAUGUUAAAUAAAGCCUUGGAAAUGGCUCUACAAUUGAUAAGCCUCAUUUUGGAUGUCUAGAACAUCUGUGCAAAGCAGCUGGAAUUAGUUGAAUAUAAUAACCGCUGCUGAUUGAGUUGCAUCCUCCAACAUGACCAGUCCUCAGCCUGCCAUAGAAGGUGGUGUUUCAGAAGUUGAGAUAAUUUCGCAGCAAGUUGAAGAAGAGACCAAAAGCAUUGCUCCUGUACAGCUUGUUAAUUUUGCUUAUCGAGAUCUACCCUUAGCUGCACUUGAUCUGUCUGUGGCUGGGUCCCAGCUUUUGUCAAAUUUGGACGAGGAGUACCAAAGAGAAGGAUCUAACUGGCUAAAACCGUGCUGUGGGAGGCGAGCAGCUGUGUGGCAGGUAUUUUUGCUCAGUGCAAGUCUCAACAGUUUCCUGGUAGCCUGUGUAGUGUUGGUGGUGAUUCUUCUGACUCUGGAACUCCUAAUAGAUAUAAAGCUUCUCCAGUUUUCAAGUGCUUCACAGUUUGCAGGAGUAAUUCACUGGAUCAGCCUAGUCAUCCUGUCUGUUUUCUUUUCAGAGACUGUUUUGAGGAUUGUGGUCCUUGGCAUAUGGGAUUACAUUGAAAACAAAAUAGAGGUGUUUGAUGGUGCUGUUAUAAUCUUGUCCUUGGCACCAAUGGUGGCCUCAACAGUGGCUAAUGGCCCCAACAGCCCUUGGGAUGCUAUCAGCCUUAUUAUCACACUACGAAUAUGGAGAGUGAAGAGAAUCAUUGAUGCAUAUGUCCUUCCAGUGAAAGUGGAGAUGGAGAUGAUGAUUCAGCAGUAUGAGAAAGCAAAGGUUAUUCAGGAUGAACAGCUGGAAAGACUAACCCAGAUCUGCCAAGAACAAGGGUUUGAGAUCAGGCAGCUGAGGGCCCACCUUGCUCAGCAAGAUUUGGACCUGGCUGCAGAGAGAGAAGCUGCGCUGCAGGUCCCACACGUACUGAACAAGCAGAGCAGCAACAGGUACAAGGUGGUUGCCACUGAAGACUCAGAUGAUGAAGCCACUGAGACCAUCACUGAGUUGCAGUCUCCACGAGAGGAUGACAUGAACAAUUACAUCAGCCGGUACUACAAUGAGCCCAGCAGUGACAGCGGUGUUCCUGAGGCUGCCAUCUGCGUGGUCACCACGGCCGCCAUAGACGUCCAUCGCCCCAACAUCUCCUCCGAUCUCUUCACGGUGGAGGUGCCAAUGCGGCUCAGCAGCACCGGGACGUCGGCCAGCAUCACUUCGGGCAGCGCCUCCCGCUCCACCGUCAGCUCUGGCACCCAGGCGUGCAGCGAGAGCAGCCAGACGCUGGGCUCCUCCCCAGACUGCAGCGCAGCCUGCGAGGACGCGGCCGGCACCAGCCCUCACGCAGACCUCGUGUCCAGCCAGCAGCGGGUGGCACAAGCCGUGGUCCAGGAGCUGCUCUCUUCCCUGUCUGAAGAGGCACGCCUGGCGCAGAAGGGGCUGGACCCUGUCAACCUGAAGCUGCCCAGCCCAGCCGGCUCAGUGAGGGCCAGCCCUGAGCUCAGCCACCGCCUCAGCGUCUACAACCGCAGGAAUCAGGAGAACCUCGAGGUCUUCCAGCUAAAGCCACUCAUAGAUUCUCCACAGGGCCCCUCCAUGAUUGAAGACAAGUAUGGGGCCCUGGGACCCCCCGAGCCACGGCUGAGCAAGGUACCUGAGGCCUAAGGAGCUGUGGGGCAUGCUCACUGUGCUGGGUCAACAGGCAAGGCAGCAGCACCGGAGGCCACCUAUGGCACCUCCUGCAAUGGCCACCAGCCCAGGGCUGGACUUGCACCACCCAAGUGGCCCCCAGCAGGCCUGCCCUGCCACCAGCUCUGGGCCAGCCGGUACGGAUGGCGUCCUCUGAGGCACAGGAGACCUUCGCCCUGUCUUCAGCCACCAGGAUUGGACCCGCAGUGCCCAGUGGCAGGGAGAAAAGACUUACGGCCGUGUCCUGCCACCAGCCUGGGGUCAGCCCCAAGGUGCAUUACCUUCCACCAGCACCAAGCUACAGUGUCCAGGGACAGACAGAGCUGCUGGCCAGCCUGCUCCAAGCCUGGCCUCCCAGCUCCCCAUGUCCUCUGCCCAGGGGCUGAGCACAGCUGGGAGGGGAGUGAGGUUGGGAAUAAACACUGACAACCACUGCUGCCUCCCUUGUUCCUGUCUUCCAUCCCUCCCUCCUUACCUUAAACCUCUCCCUUCCCUUACCUUUCCUGCCU